UUUCAUCAAAUUGUUGACACAGACACCACCUUUUUACUUCUUCUUCUUCUUCUUAAAUUCAGCAUUCUUCUCACAAAAUUUUCUCAAUCAACCCACCCGAGAAUUUUCUCAGAUCCGAGAUACCCAGAAGGAAAAGAUUCAAACUUUGGUGAUUUCAGAGCUUGUUGGUGAGAGAUGUGUUGUGGGGCGAGAAUAUGCAUGCUAUGCACGUGCCUGGUUCUUGUGGUGAUUGCCAUUGGUUUUCUCUUUGGCUUCGGAGUUUUCAAGCAUGGAUUCCAUAAGCUGAAGGACAGUGUUAGUUACUGCGAUGAUUGUGGUGGUGGUGGUGGAAGCGGAAGACCCUUCUUGGGUUAUCCGGCGCCGCCACCAUUGUUCUAGUUUCAUUCAAAUUAGUACUUACUUUUUUUAUUGCUUUAUUUGUUCAUCAUUCUGUGAAUUUCUUUUGUUGUUUUUUUUAGGAUAUUGUGUAUUGUAAUUAGGAUUCUUUUAUUGGGAUUCUAAUCAAUUAUUUUUCUCUUCUCUUCUC